CUCCCACUCCCCCUCACUGUUUACCCCCUUGCAAAGCUAGCAGGCAUGUAUACAAGAAUCUCCAAGAAGGUAAAUGCUCUGCUGAAUGCAUAUGCUCAGAUGCCAAAUGGGGAUCCGAAAUUCGAGCUUCAUACGAUUUGUGGUGUGAAUGAUCGUGUCUGCGGCCCUACUUCCUUUCCUCCUAAGUAUGGCCACUCUCAUGUCAAUUUCGUGGCUACUCCCAAAAGCCCUUGUGGUGGUCCUGCGGCUUUGUUUUUUGCUGAAAUUAGCAACAAUGACCAAGACGACGAGUCCUUCUGUUGCCAUGUUGCUCUGCCUCCGCCAUGUGCUGCACAAAUUCGGUGUCUUUACUGUGAGUACAUUGGGACUAGAAUUGUGCAUCCAGCCGGGAUAGACUUCCAUGGGCGUGAGUCGGAGUUUGAGAAGAUGGCCUGCGGAAAAGACCCCCGUAACGGUGAAAAUGUUCCUCCAUGGAGGGCACCAUACUACAGCAACUCGCAAAUCAUCAACAAUAGGCGCAGCUUCGCAGAGAAUGUUUAUGGCAGAAAGAAAGAAGAUAGCCUCUAUGAUGACUUGGAUGAGCACAAGAGUGUGGAUCUGGGGUCCAUUAGUAUUCGACAACUAUUUUUAGAAAUCUAGAGUUCUGUCAAAGCUACACAAGACUGAGUAUGAUGUGUAGUUCUGUGACUAUGCAAAACAAGUUAAGUUUAUGUUGUCUUAGAGGUAGGAUAGUGCUCGUGAAAUCUAACAAGUGGUUAUUGUACUAGUAUUACAAUA